UUUUAUUCUGCAAACAUUAUUUUUAAUUGAUUUCUCAUGUACUUUUAGUUGUAAGUGCAUAGAAUAAAAACUAAAUGAAAUAUCCCUAUCAGUUACCAUACAAUUAUGUUAUAAUUGUAUUAAUCUUUGAAGUGUUGUUAAAUAAAUAAAGCAAUUCGAAAUAUUUAAGCACAAUCUGCAGUUUUAUUUUAUGAAUUAACGAAGAAUGUGCGCAAUGUUCGAAUAAAUUAGGUGGCUAUGAGUGAUUUUUCCGUCUAAACAAAAAAAAAUUAUAUAAGACAACGUUAAAAUGUCAGCCGUCCGUAAGUUGUUUAAAAAAUAAUAUGGACUCUGACAAAAAAAGUAAAACGCGACGAUCCAGUUUUGUGAUUCAUAGCGAUAGAGAAGCUCCGAAAAAACUAAAGAAAGAAUGCAAAAGGGGCUACUACUCAGAAUUAAUUACCGAUUUGAGUACAAAGAGAUCCGGAUACGAAGGACUUCCCGGAGUGUACAAACACACCACAUUAUUAUGGCAAAUAAGAACUGAAAAGCAAUCGCCUAUAAUUGCGCUACAACCAGUUGCCAAGCCCCCCAACUUUUUGGCACCUGCUGAGAGAUGGAUGCAUUACAAAGAAGAGAAAGAUAUAGCUUUUCCUUUUGAAACGUUUAAACCGAAAGUACAAAUGCAACAUGAAGUGCCUCCGAAAUGUUUACCAAGAAAUGUUGCCAUUGAAAGGAAGAGGAGACAAUAUCAGGCCAGCGAUUUAAAGGAGCAUCUCUUUGACCUGAAUGUCAAAUAUGAAGAUUUGCUCCCCAUAGGGGAUUAUAAAACAUUAUUGGUAGACGAAAAUUUCAGCUUGUACAAUACCGUGAAUUAUCUACCGCUUGAGUUGUUCGACGAUGAAGAGUAUGAUUGCAGAUCCCCUGACAGUUGGCUAAAACAUGGGGUUUUGGACGGCAUUCAGCACCCAUUACCCGGGCUAGGUUUUGUUACCCUUCCGUCAGAAAUAAAUAACGAUGUAAUAGGCGAAGGAGUGUCUCAGGAAUAUACAGUAUUUUAUGGUUGGGUAAAUGUUGCCAUAAUGGAUUACGUACCCCAGAAAAAACAUUGGAAAGUUCUGACUCUCGAUGGACUACAAAGAACUUUUGUGUUGCCUCGUAUUUAUCUAAUGUUCAGAGCAGAAGACCCUCAGGUGUUUGCACAACGUAUACGAGCCGCUAUUGAUCUAAGAAACGACGUUGAAAAUAAAAUUAGAUAUGAAUUUUAUUUGGACUGUAUGGCAGUAACAGGUCUUUAUGAUAUCGAGGAUACUGUUAUGGAGCAAGUUUACAAAUCUGCAACAAGAGGAAGGCCAGUGAAAAUAAGCGACAAAGAGAUACUGGAAACGUUUGAAGUACAGGCACGAUUGUGCCAUAAAAGGGCUUUAGCCGAACUUCAAUUUAGACAAAACGUGAAAAAAGAUCCAGAUGUAUACAAUUUCUUCACAUUGCCGGAAAUAGACCCUAUUAAAGGACCGAGAGAAAAGAUUAUUACGGGAAUGGAUAACUUUGAAGAAGCUCGCGAAUAUUUUCGCUGGAUGAGCAUUUGGGUAAUCCCCGAAACUUAUAGGGCAAUGUCUCUUGUCGUCGAAAAAUGCUUAGAAGCGGAAAGAUUGUUGUUGUUCGUUACUAGUCACGGUGGCAAAGCUAUCAAAAUUGAAGAUUUCGAGGCUAUUCAAAUACAGGCCACAACUAAUUGCAUGAAAUUCUUGAAAGGUGCUUGGCUAGAAUCUAUCACGCACAACAUCAGAAUGUGCUUGGGUGAUGUGGGGAAAGGAUGGUUCGAUGUAAAUGAGAAAAUACCACGUACUUAUGAUAUAGCAAAAUUGAUAAGAUUCAUGGAAAACGUGAAACACAGAAUGCAGUAUUCAAUUCGAAUGCUAGCAAGAAAUUCGACGAAUAUGUUCGUAAAUUUGGUAGAAACACCAUGUCAGUGCUGUUUACACGUAGAGCCGGAUUUUGAUUGGGGAGAGGAUUUAGUUAAUACUCAGUUUAAACCAACUGGAGCUGCAUUGUUUUAUCAGCUUCUCAAAAUGGACGACAAAGGUCCUUACUAUAGCACUCCCGUGGAAACGUUUCCGCAAAUUUUGCUUCAAUUAUACGACACAGCGGUCGAACUAACGCAUACCAUUCCACAAGUUCAUCCUUUUCUACUCAAGUUUCUUAAAUACCCUCCUGACCUCUACUUAUCCUCUUUGGGGUUACUUGAAGAAGGAAUAAGCACACUACGCGAAAGAAUGCUGACCGGCUACGAAAAAGCUACAAUCCCACUCCUUGCUUAUGCAGACAAGUAUUACGCCCACAAGGAAUUAUACAACAUGGACGUUCCCAAAUAUAUUGAAAUGUACAAGGAAGAGCAACACGCUCCUUUCGAGUAUAAAGAAGACUUAAUCUACCAUUACAAGAUGAAGGACAAUUUGGAAGUAACAAUACCAGCUAAUAUUGUUAUUGGACCAUUUUAUAUAAAUGUUGAACCUUUGAAGAAGGUUUUAAUUACGAAAAGAGAAGAUAUUAUAGCCAAGUUGCUAGACCAGUUGACGAGCAAAAUGAAAGCUUGUAUCGAAGAAGUUUUGGACGAAUAUAAGGCCCUGAAUUUCAGGCUUUUAGAAAAGCCCACUUCAAUUGAACACAUUUACGAGAUAAGGGAUUGGAUGGAAACCAUUCCCUUGACGGUGAGACAGUUGGAGGAGACAACGAAAAGAUACUUGAUGGAAUACGAUAUUCUGGAUUAUUUCUGGUAUGCUCUGCCGCAGGAGGACUUUGAAAAUAAAUGGGAAGCAAUAGGGUGGCCACUUAAAAUAUCUCAGCAGAUUGAAGCGACCAAUGAAUUCUUGGAAGAAGAAACGGAUAAAUUCCGAAAGAUACAGUUGGAUGAGGAAUUAGCAUUAGAAGAAAGGAUAGAAGGCUUUACUGUACAAGUAGCGCAAUUGUCUGGUCAAAGAGACUUCACCAGGGCGCAUGAAGUAGCCAUAGAAAUUAAACGCCUUUGGAAGAAUAUGAAGGAGGCCCAAGAACAAGGAUUACUUUUGAAUUCACGGCAGAAGCUCUUUAAUAUGCCUGUAGUGCCUUUUGAUAAUUUAGUAGCACUUAUGAAAGAAUUUGAACCAUACAAAAACCUCUGGGUUACAGCAUCAGACUGGAUGAAAUGGCACGAAAUUUGGAUGGAUAAUCCUUUGGUAAAUAUUGACGGAGAAGCUAUCGAGCCAACAAUGGCAGAUAUGUAUAAGAUAAUGCAAAAGUCGAUUCGUAUAUUUGCUGACAUUGAGGCUGUCCAAACUGUUGCAAUGAGAAUAAGAGACGAAAUGGAUGAAUUUAGGCCGAUGGUUCCUCUUCUCAAAGCCCUAAGGAACCCAGGAAUGAGGCAAAGGCAUUGGGAUCAUAUUAGUGAAGAAACAGGAUUAAAUAUUGUUUGGACUCCAACCUUGACAUUCAACGACUUCCUCGCGAUAGGAAUAGAUCUUCACGCGGAUUUAGUGUUGCAUAUUGCUGAUAUUGCAUCUAAAGAGUAUUCCAUUGAAACAAUUUUGGAUAAGAUGCAACACGAAUGGGAGAAUAUCGAUUUGGAAUUACAACCAUAUAAAGAUUCAGGUACUUUCAUCGUUAGAGUUUCUGAUGAAACUCAACAGAUGUUGGACGAUCAUAUAGUAAUGACACAGCAGAUUUCGUUUAGUCCUUUUAAAGGAGCCUUUGAGGAAAGGAUCGACGAAUGGGAAUUAACACUGAAACUCACAUCUCAAGUGGUGGAAACAUGGAUUGAAUUACAAAAGACGUGGAUGUAUAUAGAACCUAUAUUUACCAGUGAAGAUAUAAAGCUCCAACUACCCAUAGAAAGUAAAAAGUAUUCGUCCAUGGAAAGGACAUGGAGAAGGAUUAUGAGAAAUGCUCAGAUCAAUCCGAAAAUGAUCUCGUACUGUGCGGACCAAAAGUUAUUGGAAAGCUUAAGAGAUUGCGUUCAUUUGUUGGAUCUUGUCCAGAAAGGUCUAGCGGAAUAUUUGGAGUUUAAGAGGAUGACAUUCCCCCGAUUGUUCUUCCUCAGCGACGACGAGUUAUUGGAGAUCCUUUCUCAAGCUCGAAACCCGUUGGCAGUACAACCUCAUCUAAGAAAAUGUUUCGAAAACAUUGCCAGGUUGACAUUUGAAGCAGAUUUGAAAAUUACUCAAAUGUUUUCGGCGGAAGACGAAUGUGUCGAUCUGGAUCCUCCUUUAUAUCCUGAAGGAGGUGUCGAAAUUUGGUUGGUUGUUGUUGAAAAUUCAAUGAAAAAUACACUGCGUACCACCUUUGGAAAGUCUCUCGAAGAUUUGUACAAGAAAGAUAGGAAAUCUUGGGUUUUACUUUGGCCUGGACAGAUAGUUAUUGCAUGCUGCCAAACUUAUUGGACUACUGGCGUGGAAGCAGGAAUUGCAGAAGGCCGAUUGGCACGAUUUUUUGACAUAAUGCUUGAUAAUUUGGACCAGUUGAGACAACUGGUAAGAGGCACAUUGACGUAUCUUCACAGAGAGAUCAUAUGUGCCCUCAUAGUGAUUGAGGUGCACGCAAGAGACGUCACGCAAAGUCUUGUUACUUCAAAAGUCAGCAAUGUCAAUGACUUCGACUGGAUAAGUCAAUUAAGGUACUAUUGGAUAGAACAGGAGGUGAAGGUGAGGGCAGUAAAUGCUGAGUUUCAAUACGGCUACGAAUAUCUUGGCAAUAGUGGAAGGCUGGUGAUAACACCGUUGACUGACAGGUGUUAUCUGACAUUAACUGGGGCGCUUCAUUUAAAAUUUGGCGGGGCACCAGCUGGACCUGCCGGCACUGGCAAAACAGAAACGACCAAAGAUUUGGGCAAAGCCAUGGCUAUUCAGUGCGUGGUAUUCAACUGUUCUGACCAAUUGGAUUUUAUGGCAAUGGGGAAAUUCUUCAAAGGCUUAGCAAGCUCGGGUGCUUGGGCAUGCUUUGACGAAUUCAACAGAAUAGACAUUGAAGUGUUAUCAGUUGUUGCUCAACAGAUAAUGACGAUACAAAAAGCACAACAGUCACGAUUGGACAGAUUUUUCUUCGAGGGCGUUGAGAUUGCCUUGAAAGCCUCGUGCGCGGUGUUCAUCACUAUGAACCCCGGUUACGCUGGACGGACCGAGUUGCCUGACAACUUAAAGGCCCUGUUCCGACCGGUGGCAAUGAUGGUACCCGAUUACACCCUCAUUGCUGAGAUUUCGCUGUUUUCUUUUGGAUUCGGGAAUGCGAAAAAGUUGGCCAAUAAAAUAACGACGACUUUUAAGCUCAGUUCGGAACAGCUUAGUUCCCAAGAUCAUUACGACUUUGGUAUGAGGGCCGUCAAGACGGUGAUAGCGGUCGCUGGUAAUUUGAAACGCGAGAGGCCUCAAAUGGAGGAGAACCAAAUUUGCUUGCGUGCUCUUAGAGAUGUCAACGUGCCCAAAUUUUUGAAAGACGAUUUAAAAUUAUUUAACGGAAUUGUUUCCGACUUGUUUCCCAGAAUGGUCGAAGAGGUGGUUGAUUAUGGCAUCCUGGAGGAGUCGAUAAGAACUCAGACCAAGAAAAAAGGUUUAGAAGAUGUUGAUGAAUAUGUAAAAAAAGUUAUCCAACUUUACGAAACUACAGUGGUAAGGCAUGGUUUGAUGCUGGUUGGCCCCACAGGUUCAGGUAAGACCAAGUGUUAUGAAAUUUUGAAAGCUGCAAUGACCGCUUUGAAGGGUAAACCGCAGCCCAGUGGUUACCCAUUUCAACCUGUGUGGACGUACGUGUUAAAUCCAAAGUCCAUAACCAUGGGUCAACUUUACGGUGAAUUCGAUUUGGUUACCCAUGAGUGGACCGAUGGGAUUUUGCCAUCAUUGGUACGUAUCGGGGUGAGCGCUGAGAAUAAAGACAAACGUUGGUACGUGUUUGAUGGUCCUGUGGACGCCGUAUGGAUAGAAAACAUGAAUACAGUCCUGGACGACAAUAAAAAGUUAUGCCUAAGUAGCGGAGAAAUUAUUAAAUUGCGUGACACUCAAACCAUGAUGUUCGAAGUGGCAGAUUUGGCUGUAGCGUCUCCAGCCACUGUGUCCAGAUGCGGCAUGGUUUAUCUUGAACCUGGAGUUCUUGGUUUACAACCAUUUUUAAACUGUUGGAUAGACAGAUUGCCUUUGUUAGCGAUAAAAUUCGCCGAUGAAUUUCAAGAACUCUUUCAAAUAUAUUUACUUCCGGCAAUCGUCAUUCUUAGAAGCAACAUGAAGGAAGUUUUGACAUCAGUUGAUUCAGCCCUGGUAAUAUCAUUCUUACGUCUGAUGGACUUCAGAUUAGGACCACUAGCGGGGAAGGACAAUAAGCCUCCGCCACCUGCACAGUUCAUUGAAUUGAUUCCGGUACUGUUGGUACCAUGGGUGGUAUUUUCUGUUAUAUGGAGCAUAGGAGUGACCUGCGACAACGACGGUCGCGUGUUCUUUUCUGACUGGAUUCGCGAAACUAUGGUGGAAAAUAAUCAUGCACCGUUAUUUCCAGCGAAGGGAUUGGUUUAUGAUUAUAAAUUACACGACGGCGGAUUUACUGAUGUAACAGAAGAAAACGAACCAAUACCACCAGCGUGGCACAAUUGGAUGGAAAAUAUGGAAGAGUACAAGAUAACGAUUGAAAUGCGGUUUUCGGAUAUCGAAGUGCCGACAAUAGAUAAAGUACGAAAUGCGGAAAUGAUUGGCAUUUUGCUUAACAACGAGGAUAAUGUGCUCUGCGUGGGACCAACAGGGACUGGAAAAACUAUAACCAUAAUCUCCAAACUGAGUCGAAAUAUGCAUAAAAAGUACAUUUGCGAUUUCAUAUGCUUUUCUGCGAGGACGAGUGCGAAUCAGACCCAGGAUCUCAUAGAUGGCAAGUUGGACAGGCGUAGAAGGGGUGUUUUUGGCCCACCAGUUUUGAAGAGACAAAUAUUCUUCAUUGAUGAUUUCAACAUGCCGGCCCUAGAAGUCUAUGGAGCUCAACCACCAAUUGAAUUAAUAAGGCAGUGGAUGGACUUUGAGGGAUGGUACGAUCGCAGAAAUAUUGGCGAGUUCAGGACUAUAAUUGAUACAAACUUUAUAUGUGCCAUGGGCCCCCCGGGUGGGGGAAGAAAUCCUGUAACGGCAAGACUUUUAAGGCAUUUUCAUUAUUUAACAUUCACCGAAUUGGAAGAUGACAGCAAAAUUACAAUCUUUGGUACCAUUCUUAAAUUUUGGAUAAAUCGUACAACUGAAUUUGCAUUCUUCUACGAGAUAUUAUUGAGACAAACUAUGUACGUUUAUUCGACAAUUCUACGCGAACUUCUUCCGACACCUGCAAAAACUCACUACACAUUCAACUUACGAGACUUGGGUAAAACAUUUCAAGGGAUACUGAUGAUGAAUCCCGAGUCUGUGACAUCCCUGAGCGACAUUGUUCGUUUGUGGUAUCACGAGAAUUGUCGGGUAUUCCAAGAUCGUCUCAUAAAUGACACCGACAGGCAAUGGUUCGAUAAUCUGUUAAGGGAUAUAAUAAAGAAACAGUUCCAAAUGGAUGACAAGAGAAUCAUAGGCAAUGAAGUGAUGUUUUAUGGAGAUUUUAUGGAUUCGACUUCAGACGAUCGCGCAUACAUUCAUAUUAAGGAAGUCGACAAAAUGAAUAAAGCACUUUUAAAAUAUUUAGACGAAUUUAACAAUCAAACCACCAAGCCCAUGAAACUUGUACUGUUCGAAGAUGCUAUGGCUCAUAUUUGCAGGGUGGCCAGAAUAAUUAGACAACCGCUUGGAAAUGGCCUUUUGCUAGGCAUGGGUGGCUCGGGAAGACAAAGCUUGACGCGACUUGCAGCGUUUAUAGCGGAAUACACUUGUUUUCAAAUCGAAUUAACAAAAACAUACGGAAAUAUGGAAUGGCGAGACGAUAUAAAAAAUUUGAUGCUCAAAUCCGGACUUCAGAAUGCCGAAACAGUCUUUUUGUUUUCUGAUACACAGGUAAAGACAGAAUCGUUUUUGGAGGAUAUCAAUAACAUUUUAAACUCAGGCGAUGUCCCGAAUAUUUACGCACCUGAUGAACUGGAUAAAAUUUAUCAGGGUAUGAGAACAUUGGUCCAGGAAAUGGGCUUGAGUGCCACCAAAUCCAAUCUCUACUCUGUUUACACAAGACAAGUCAGAGUCAAUCUGCACACAGUCAUUACUAUGAGUCCAAUUGGUGAGGUUUUUCGAGCUAGAUUAAGACAGUUUCCUGCUUUGGUGAACUGUUGUACUAUAGACUGGUACAGUGAGUGGCCUGAUUCGGCAUUACAGUCUGUAGCUCUACAAUUUUUGGAGGAAAUUGAGGAAUUGAAUGUAUCAAAUGAAGUUUUAAACGGUAUAGUUGUGGUUUGUCAAUAUAUGCACGCAAGUGUUGUAAAGGCCAGUGUAUUAUACAAGCAAGAAUUAUCGAGACAUAAUUAUGUCACUCCAGCAUCGUACUUGGGAUUGUUGAGCAGUUACACGGACCUGAUGAACACGAAAAAGGGAAACUUAACAGAAGGGGUUGGCCGUCUGAAAAUAGGUUUAGAGAAGAUGAGAAUAACCGGAGAAGAAGUGAAAGUGUUACAAGUGGACCUCGCACUAAUGAAGCCCGCUCUGGAAUUAGCAGCCAAAGAUGCUGAAGUGAUGAUUGCCCAAAUAGCUCAGGACACCCUUGUAGCUGAAGAAACUAAAGCGGUUGUGGAGAAGGAAGAGUUUGAAGCAACUAAAAAAGCUAUAGAAACUGAAACAAUUGCUGCUGAUGCUCAAAGAGAUCUAGAGGAGGCAAUGCCAGCUCUUGAAGCGGCCGAAGCAAGUUUGAAAUCCCUGAACAAAAACGACAUAACGGAAGUGAGAGCCAUGAAGAAACCUCCAGCGGGUGUCAUAUACGUAAUGGAAGCAAUUUGUAUUGUAAAAAACGUAAAACCUAUUAAGGUACCAGGGAGUCGUCUAGGUGAAAAAAUUCUGGACUAUUGGGAACCAGGUCGGGGUUUGCUUACCGAUCCUGGAGCAUUUCUUAAUUCUUUAAUGAACUUCGACAAGGAUUCUAUAACAGAGGAGAUGAUUCAAAAGCUUAAGCACUACGUGGAAGAUCCUCAGUUUCAACCAGCUAAAAUUAUCAAAGUUUCAAAAGCCUGCACAUCGCUGUGUAUGUGGGUACAUGCCAUGUACAAAUACUAUUUCGUCAAUUUAGUUGUGGCACCCAAGAAAGCUGCUCUAGCAAAAGCGAAAGAGGAGCUCGCCAUUACGGAAAGACAGUUGGCUAUAGCCCGAGAAAAAAUGAAAGAAGUCAUGGACAAUUUGGAUCUUUUGAACGCAAAGCUGAACGAGAAGUUGGAGUUUAAGGCUGAACAAGAACGAAACAUCAAUCUGUGCCAGGACAGAAUGAACAGAGCUGUGCGAUUGAUCUCAGGUUUAGCUGGCGAGAGAGUGCGUUGGAUUCAAACCAUAGCUAAUAUCGAAUCAAGCGUGGUAAACGUGACCGGAGAUAUUUUGAUCAGUUCCGGAUCGAUAGCUUAUCUGGCGCCAUUCGUUGAUAGCUAUAGGAGGAGACUUCUGGGCGAAUGGUUUCAGAUUUUAAUUGCUCAAAAGGUUCCUCACACACCAAAUUGCACUCCUGUUGCUGUAUUAGGAGAACCCGUGGUCAUACGCCAAUGGCAAAUUGACGGACUCCCCAGGGAUUACUUUUCGACUGAGAACGCGAUUCUGGCGGCAAAUUCCAGAAGAUGGCCCCUCUUCAUUGAUCCUCAGGGGCAAGCUAAUAAAUGGAUAAAGAAUAUGGGCAAGCCGAAAGGAAUAUCAGCGUGUAAGCUAGCGGACAGAGAUUUGCUGAGAACGUUGGAAUCAGCGAUUCGCUUCGGAAAAGCUGUAGUGAUUGAAAAUGUUGGUACUGAAUUAGACCCUGCUCUCGAUACUGUUCUUCUGAAGCAAUUAUUUAAACAAGGUUCAACUUGGGUUAUUAAGCUAGGCGACAUUAUUCUUCCUUACAAUUUCGAUUUUGAACUUUACAUAACGACCAAGUUACCGAAUCCCCAUUACAGUCCUGAAAUAUGUGUUAAAGUUCUUCUCGUAAAUUUCACUUUAGUGCCUAGUGGUUUAGAAGACCAGCUGCUCGGUUUGGUUGUGGCUCAAGAAAGACCUGACUUGGAAGAACAGAGGAGUGCCAUAGUGGUUUCGACAGCACAAAUGAAGCAAGAGCUGAAGGAGAUCGAGGACCGAAUAUUGUAUAAACUCAGUAUAUCUGAGGGAUCUCCUGUGGACGAUAUAGAUUUUAUUGUCACUUUGGAAGCAUCCAAAGUCAAAAGUGAGGAGAUAAAGAGCAGUUUAGAAUCCGCUGAAAUAACCCAAAUAGAUAUUGAUAACACGAGAAUGCAAUAUAUACCAGUAGCAAGAAGAGGACAGAUUCUGUUUUUCUGUGUUGCUGAUUUGUCUAAUGUGGAUCCCAUGUAUCAGUAUUCGUUAGAAUGGUUUAUUAACAUUUUCAGCAAUUCCAUGGCGGAAGCGGAAAAAUCUGAUAUUCUAAUGGAACGCGUUGGCUCAAUAAACGACGUAUUUACAUUUAGCCUUUACAGUAACGUUUGCAGAAGUUUGUUUGAGAAACAUAAGUUACUUUUUGCUUUUCUGUUAUGCAUUCGGAUAAUGAUGGAGCAGAACAAAAUCAAUGCACACGAAUGGCACUUUUUCUUAGCAGGAGGGUCACCACUUCAAGAGGAACCAAAUCCGGCUAGCGAUUGGCUUUCAGAAAAGGCUUGGAAGGAAAUUAUGUCUCUUCGAAAUUUACACAACUAUCAAAAGUUUGUAGAUACGUUUCAAGCAAACAUUGCCACCUACAAGGCGAUUUUUGAGUCGAUAGAACCACACAGAGAGAAGCUGCCGCCAUCUCUGGAAAGUUCUUUUGACGAUUUCCAAAGGAUGUUAAUAUUGAAAAGUCUUCGACCGGACAAAGUGACAAAUGCAAUGCAAGACUUCUUAACGGAGCACAUAGGGCAACAAUUCGUUGAGCCUCAAACGGCAGAUCUGGCGGCGAUGUUCAAAGAAGCGAGCCCUACGGUGCCCUUGAUCUUCGUUAUCUCUGCUGGUACAGAUCCGGCUGCAGACCUUUACAAAUUCGCCGACAAGAUGAAGAUGGCAAAGAGGAUGUUCUCGAUAUCUCUCGGACAAGGACAAGGACCAAGAGCCGAAGAAAUGAUUCACAGUGGAAAGGAAGUCGGAACUUGGGUCUUUUUUCAGAAUUGCCACUUGGCUCCAAGUUGGAUGCCCCGUCUUGACCGUCUCGUCGAAACAAUCAAUCCUGAUGCCGUCCACAGGGAUUUCCGUAUGUGGCUGACGUCAACUCCAUCUGAUUGUUUUCCAGUUUCAAUUUUGCAAAACGGAUCUAAAAUGACCGUGGAACCACCCCGAGGCCUCAAGGCCAACAUGCUCAGAGCCUAUUCGAACCAAGUGGUUGAUGUCGCAGAUUUCUUUCACUCAGAGCAUCCGAAGUGUUUGACCUUCAGAUAUCUUCUAUUUUCUCUAUGCUUCUUCCACGGGAUUACCUUAGAGCGAAGAAAGUUCGGUCCACUGGGGUUCAAUAUACCCUACGAGUUCACGGAUGGCGAUUUGAAAAUUUGUAUAUCGCAACUGCUUAUGUUUUUGCUGGAAUAUGAAGAAAUUCCCUUCAAGGUUUUACUGUACACGGCCGGACAUAUCAACUAUGGAGGAAGAGUCACAGACGACUGGGAUAGAAGAUGUCUAAUGAAUAUUUUGCAGGGACAUUACAGGACUGAAGUGAUUGAUACGAAUUUUUGUUUCGAUGAAGGAGGCAUUUAUCGUCAGCUUCCUCCAGAUAAUACUCUUCAGGAAUAUUUGGGUUACAUAAAGAAGCUACCUUUGAAUGACGAUCCUGAAUUCUUUGGUCUUCAUCAGAACGCUGACAUUAGUUGCGCACAAGCGAAUACUUACUUCGCUCUGGCCACUCUCCUUCUUUUGCAACCGAAACAAGUGGGUGGGUCAGCUUCUAGUCAAGAGGAAGAAACAGAAAAAAUGGCCAAGUCGAUCCUAGGUGAACUUCCUAGUGUUUUUGAUUUGCAGUAUAUAUCAAAGAGGUAUCCCGUAUUAUACGAAGAGUCAUUAAACACCGUUUUAUCACAAGAAGCCAUUCGUUACAACAAGCUUCUGAAUGUUAUAAAACAGACUCUCGUGGAUCUACUGAAGGCCCUGAAAGGGCUCGUUGUUAUGUCCGAAGUUCUUGAAAAAAUGUCCGCUAGUUUGUUCAGGAAUGCAGUUCCACAAAUUUGGGCCAGUAAAGCUUAUCCUUCCCUCAAACCAUUAGGUGCCUGGAUUAAAGAUUUACAUAUGAGAGUGGCUUUUAUACAAUUGUGGAUCGAUCAAGGAAUUCCGACAGUCUUCUGGAUUUCUGGUUUCUACUUUCCUCAGGCCUUUUUGACAGGAACUUUACAAAAUUUUGCCAGAAGAUACGUCUUAUCCAUCGACACCAUUAGUUUCAUGUAUAGGGUACUGAAGGAGCCUCCAAAGAUCAGACCGGCAGAUGGCGCUUGUAUAAGGGGGUUGUUUUUGGAGGGUUCCAGGUGGAAUCCGCAGAAAAUGACACUGGACGAAUCGAGACCGAAGGAACUAUACACAGAUAUGCCUGUGAUAUGGAUGAUACCUGAGGAAUUCCAUCAAAAACCCAAAGGAGUUUACAUUUGCCCGGUGUAUAAAACCCUCACAAGAGCUGGAACCUUGUCAACAACAGGUCAUUCGACGAAUUAUGUUGUGGCAAUAGAAGUCCCCAGCCAAAAGUCUGAGCAGCAUUGGAUUAAGAGAGGCGUAGCACUUAUAUGCGCUUUGGACUAUUAAAGUAUGGGGGAUGUGGAUUAUUUUUUUCAAAUAAUAAUUUUUGUAAAUAAGAUAAAAUAAAAGUAAUUUUUUCAAGUGAAACUUAUUAUGCGAGAUUGCGCUGGUGAAUACUGGUUGAGGUUGAGGGUAAAUUCGGUGGAGUGAGCGGGGUCAUUAUUUCUGUAAAGCUGUGGACUGAGGGCCAUUUGGGCGAAUAGAGAGAGUGAGGUAGAAGGGCUAAUUACAAGGUUAAAAGUGAAACUUUUUCUGGAAUGACGACGAUGAAACACAAACAUUCAAAAAUACAUUGGAGUCGAAAAAAGACUUGUUUAGAAUUAGAUCGAACUUAAUGCUACAGAAGUGAAACGUCUAUAGUUC